UUCCUUUGUUAUCUUCAACGAGAUCACAGUCCAAAAGCGACAGAAAAAGAGCAAUGUGGUUCACUACAAAGCGCUCAAAAGCUACAUUGCCUCCAACAAGGAGGCGGGUGUCUCCAGAAACUCAAGCACAGGCCUGAGGAUUUCACGGUGGCACUGCCGGGCUCCUCCUACAGCAGCAUACCUGUUGCUCAUCAUGUCAUUAGGUUUUCUGGUAAAAGGACUCCCUGGCCGACCACUCAGUGUGGAGUCAUUGUUUCGGGCCACAUAAAUAUGGGUCGGCAGUCCUAGCUGAGGGGGUUCCCUCAUACACACACAUCUGGACAGCAGCUUGCACCAUGCGCCUUUUUGCUGUCUUGUGGACGCUGAGCUUGCUUCUCAAAGAAGCGCACCCAUGGGGCUACAGGAACGGCAUAUUUCACAACUCCAUAUGGCUGGAACAAGCAGCUGGAGUGUACCACCGGGAGUCCCGCAAUGGGAGGUAUCAGUUGACGUACAAAGAGGCCAAAGCCAUGUGCAAGUACGAGGGAGGAAGGAUGGCCACUUAUGACGAGCUGGAGGCCGCUCGACAAAUAGGUUUCCAUGUGUGCGCUGCAGGAUGGUUUGAUUAUGGGCGCGUUGGCUACCCCAUCGUAAAAGCUGGUGCUAAAUGCGGCUUUGGAAAGGUGGGCAUCAUUGACUACGGCUACAGGAUCAACAAAAGCGAGAGAUGGGACGUGUACUGCUACAACCCAACCACCAAAGAGUGUGGCGGCGUUCUGACUGACCAGCAGAGAUUCAUCCAGUCUCCUGGUUUUCCAGACAAAUACCAGGAUGACCAGAUCUGCUACUGGCAUAUCAGAGUUCGUUUUGGCCAGAAGAUCCUCCUCCAUUUUGUAGAGUUUGAUGUGGAGGACGACACGGCCUGCUUGGCUGACUACCUGGAAGUGUAUGACAGUUAUGACGAUGUGUCCGGCUUUGCUGGAAGAUUUUGUGGUGAUUAUCUACCCGAAGACAUAAUCAGCACAGGAAACGUGAUGACGCUGAAGUUCCUCUCUGAUGCUUCAGUCACUGCAGGGGGCUUCCAGUUACAGUACUUUGCCAUGAAUGCAUCUGCGUUGUCACAGAACUAUACUGACUAUUUCCACUGACCAAGAUCAACAAUACUUGCAUCCGGAGUAUUAAACACAUAUUUCUGUUAAAUACAAAUGCUGUUUAUAACACUAGUGAGUCUUUGACGUCAAAACUUCUAUGUUAUUCCCAAUUUAUGAAAUGAAUCACUAUAUAAUGUAUUGUAAACUGUGAUACAACUGUACGAUGAUAAAUGAAUAAAUACCAUUG